UCUAGUCACGGAGUUAACCCUCAAAAUAUAAUCUAAUUGAGAUGCAAAUGUUAUUUAUCAAAUACACCUUGUAGUUGUAACAUAAUUCAAGAGAGCCAACAGGACGCUUGAACAAUAGCCCCUCUAGUGUGUAUCAUAAAAUCCGUAUAAACUGAUGCGUUUGAAACCUUCACCCACAAACUAUAGUGGGCACUUAUUUUUGUAUUCUUAUUUGUAGAUAAGCGCCGGCCCGGUGGUCGUAAAGCACGCCAUUUACAUCUCGAUUGGUUUUCCUGCUGUCAGCUGCUUCCCUAUGCAUCUGCGAUCGACAGCAGACGGAACGACCUAGCAAGCUCCAUUUCCGUGGUAAACUACGGUUUCUUCGUGGCAAGGUGUAAAAUCAUAGAGGUUGUCUCCCCAGCAGUGAUGCUGGUGGCGUAGGCUCAGGGUGCGUCUCAUCUCCCAUGGAUGUUACCACCAUGGACCCAGAGUCAGCCUGCACGUCACAGCCCCAGGGGUCCCUGGGUAAAGGAGGGGGCUCCCUGCUAUCUGGCAGUGGUUUGGGCGCUGCGCUCGGCCCCCGGGGGAAGCACUACGUGUGUGGCUCCAUAGCGGCCUUCACCAACAUCGUGGUGACCUUCCCCAUCCAGAAGGUUCUGUUCAGACAGCAGCUUCACGGUGUGCGGGCCAGAGAGGCCGUCAGACAACUCCAACGGGACGGGAUGAGGAAACUCUACAGGGGGCUGCUCCCUCCUCUGCUCCAGAAGACCACCACUGUAGCCAUCAUGUUCGGCUUGUACGAGGACUUCUCCCGGGUCUUAUUGGACCAGGUGCCCACCGGCAGCGGCAUUCCCGAGCUGGUGACGCGGAGCUUUGCGGCGGCGCUGGCUGGCACGGCAGAGGCUGUGCUGACGCCGUUUGAGCGUGUGCAGACUCUCCUCCAGGACCACCGGCACCACGGCCGCUUCCAAAACACGCCCCACACCUUCCGGACGCUCCUGAGCGAGUACGGUGUGAAGGAGUGCUACCGCGGCCUGGUGCCGGUCUUAAUAAGGAAUGGGCCCAGUAAUGUGCUGUUCUUCGGGCUCCGCGGGCCCAUCAAGGAGCAGCUCCCUGAGGCCUCCAGCCGGGCUGGCCACCUGGUCAAUGACUUUGUGUGUGGAGGGAUGCUGGGGGCGGCGCUGGGGAUCAUGUUCUACCCGCUGAAUGUGGUGAAGUCGCGGGCCCAGUCCCAGGUGGGGGGUGCUUUCCGCCCCUGUGGGGAGGUGUUGAUGACGGUGUGGAGGGAGAGGGGCGGCAGCAUGGCCAUGCUGUUCCGAGGGGCGCACCUCAACUACCACCGCUCCCUUCUCUCCUGGGGAAUCAUCAACGCCACAUACGAGCUUCUGCUCAGUGUUCUGAUACUGGAAGGGUCAUAGAAAGUGAGGGGGAAUAGAAAGUGAGGGGGAGAGCGAGGAAAAAGACUUGGGAAAGUGUUGUUUGAUGAUCGCAGUUGGUGCUCUUUUUUGUUGUUGUUGUUGAAACUGAUGUGCCCACUGCCCACCCAAACAGGUCUAGAUGGUGUAUGUAUGUGGGUGGGUAAGGGUCUAUGGCAAGUAGAAGAGGACAAAGGUUAUCUGAAAGGUGAAGUUGCGCUACUGACAAUGGUCUCCAGUCGGUGUGAGAUUAAAGAAGACAGUCAAUUUGAGUCAUGGUAUUUAGAAGGCACUUGUAUCUACACAAGUCCUGCGUCUGGGUCCAACAUGCAACGAAAGCCUUCUUCAAUACAUUUUUGUGUGUAGUCUGAUGUGGUUCCCAGCAGAAAGUGUCAGAGGCAGUUUACUGGGUGUAAGCCUUUUUAGAGUGACGAAGAACUAUUCAUUGUGUUGACCAGUGCUUUGAUCUGUGUGCAUUGAUGUCCCUUCAACCCCUCUCCUUUCUCUACUCUGGUCCUCUGAUUGUGAACUCUGGUAUACUGAUUUGUUGUCCAACUAUUUACCAUGUCGGUCAUCUUGGAUUAUGCACUGAUUCGACCCAUAGAGAAUGAUAGAGGCCUCUAGUGGCCAAAAGGCCGUUUUAGCAUGGGCAGCACCAUUGAGGGCUUCCACCAUGCUUCUGCCAUUUUAAAGUAGUCAAAAUAGUCAACUGGGUGGGGAUUCCAUUAGAGUAAUACAGUGGGAGUCAUAAUACACAUCAAAUCUAGCGGUCAAGCAGGGAAAUUGUUCCAAUUGUUUUUCCACCAUUGAUUUUUCCUAUAUGGGAUUUUAGAAACACUUAAAGUAAGGGCUGUGUUUUGUGUAGGCUUACCCUGGCGUUACGUUUUGAUAACUGUGUAAAUCUCUAGGUGAAGGUGACUUUUUAAUACAUAGGAAUUCGGGCAAAUAUAUUUAUCUGGGAAAUGCUAAUGUGUCUAUCAUAAAGAACUACAAAUGUCAUGAUGAUCUGGACAAGAUUGCCGAAUCGAGGCACAGGUAAAAAUCUCUGGAUUAACUAUCUAAUGUUAGCUAAAUGUAGUAAUGGAUAAAUUGUCUACAAUUCUUUAAACAUUGACAAUUCUGUGAACUGUCCUGUGCAAGUUUUAAAUUGACACAAUACCUGUUAGCUGAGAUGACGUGCAAGACCUUGCAUGAUGUCUACUUUGAUGCUAAUUACCAUUUUCAAAUCUGAGAGUAAAUGGAGCUGAAUAUAUUGAUAAAAGUCACCUUGUCCGAGAGAGAUUUACAUGGUUGUCAAAACAUCACGCCAGGGUGAGCCUACACGAAACACAGCCCUUAUUUUAAGUGUUUCUAAAAUCAUCUAUGUGGAAAAACAAUUGGAACUGUUUCCCUGUUUUGACCGCAAGGUUUUAUGGGUAUUAUGACACCUCCACUGCGGGGCUCUGAGUUAUAGCCUCAAUGGCGCUGCCCAUGCUGUCAGACUCUAUAAUGCCACAGAUAUAAAGAGGAGUCCUCUAUCUGUCUCUUUGAUUCAACCCUGUGCGGUGUACUAGCCAUAGAGAUAGUUAGAGAACUCAACUUAGAUAUAGCAUAUUUCAGCAUGGACAUUACCAUUAAUGGCUUCCACCAUUUUAAAGUACGCAAUUGAGCGAUCAGCCAAUGAUCAGAGCAUUGUCUUGAUUUGUAAAUUGCUUUAAGGUAAGUCACCACCAUCUAGUGGCCACAAUACAUUUAAUUACGCUAUUUGGUUCAGGACUCAAGCACUGCAGAUGGUGGUAAAUCACCAAUAUUAGCUUUAAUAUUGAAAAUGGAAUACUUUUUAAAAAGUAGUCAACUGGUUGGGGAUUCCUAUGAGUUGUAGCCUCAAUGGCGCUGUCACAGAUGUCCUAAUGGCACAGAUACAAAGACAAGAUCUCUUUCCAUCUCUAUGGUACCAGCCUAACGGCUAGCAGGUGUUUGUCGUGUAGGUAUUGCUUGAAAGACGACUGGAAAUAGCUGUAUACUCAGAAGCACAUGGGAACUGGACUAGGAAAGUGCUAUUAUGUACCAUUUCUUCACUCAGUUAUUAUAACCCAUCAAUCAACGCCACUAUAAGUGUAUCUUGAAAAUGUUUGUCAAAGAUUUGUGUGUAGUGAGCUUAUUGCUGAAGUGCCACUUGUAGUGUGUGUCUGUUAAAGUACCCAUUGGUUUAAGUAAAAUGUAUGUUACCCAUAACUUGUCUCUUCCUUGAUGAGAUGGACUUAAAAAGCAAUAAGACAUGGCCAAAUAAUAUUUGUCCUCAGAUAAAACAUGCACAACUAUGAUGGGGAAAAAAUACACACACAAAGAGUACAGGAACACAACCAUUUUGCCCAUAAUUGUAUACUUCCAGCCUGUAGCUGUAGCCCCUCAUUUACACACUCGCUUCUCUCCUCCAUAUUUGUCUCUCCUUCCUUUCUGAGAAUUCCUUGCUUUCCACUCCCCUCUCUCCCUUCAUUCUGACUGCUGUACACUCUCUCCUCUCUGCCCAUAACCCCUGUUGACAUAAUGGGCUCAAAUUUCAAGCUUGAGUAGAGGCAGUCGCCAUGCAGCGGCCCACACUGCGUAUGACAGGCCAGAUAGGGAAGGCAUGCUGCUAGGGGAUUGAGACGGGGCUGCAGAGACAGAGGAGAGGGAGAACGAGGGCACUGGAGGAGAGAGAACUAGUAUGAGGGAGACUGAAUGCGGAUGAAAGCAAGAGAAUGAGAAAAGGGAGGGAGAGUAGUGUGUUGUGGCACAGAAAGCGAUAUCUGCCAUUUAAUUUCUCCCUUAUGCGGUCUAUGUCUGUAUUUUCAACUAAAAAAGAGUCAGCGCUGAAUUAGAUCAGGACAGUUUUCAGUUGGUUUUCCAGCGUUGAAGGUACAGGUAUGUUUUACUGAAAGGUUCAGGGAACUGGAUGUGACUAGGCGGCUACAUAAAACAUUUCCAAAUAAAUUGCAAAUCACUUGAGUUGGUCACAGAUUUCUCAUAAAUGUAAUGCUAACCAGGCAAGCAAAUGUUGAACUUGUCAAUGACUUAAAGUGAAAUUGUAGGCUUAUUUUGUCCAUUUUUGUGAAUAAGCUGUUUGCUAUAGUCCCCCCUAUUUGGUUAUCGUGUAUAUUUUUAGAAGACACCCAAAUGUUUUAUAAAGGUGAAAUGCUUCUUGAAUGGGUGUGUGUCUGUGUCAUUUGGGUGUGAGUAAGUCAACAUCAUCAUUGUGAACUUCAUGCUUCAGACCUUGUGGAAGACACAUUUCAGUUGAAUGCAUUCAGUUGUACAACUGUCUAGGUACUGCCCUUUCCCCCUUAGUCAGUCCAUUUCAUUUAUUUGUUACUGCUCACCAUGUUCUUACCCAAACAUGCAGCUAAUCCCCAUUGAUAAAUCACAGGGAAAACCUGGCCAUGCAUACUACUCAAGAGUUUCAUUAUGUGUCCAUUCAUAUAAGCUUACAAACCAUAACUGUGAUCAACACAAUGAAUGGUGUGUCUACAAGCUAUGGCAUCGUAGCAAUUUCAACGCCAGCAACGUUUUUUCGUUCUCCCAAACCAAUGGAACUGUCUUCCUGGUACAGCCUGCGACUGGGGAAGUCGGGACGACUGUAGCUAGCCAAUCCACUGGGCUGGUUAGUGUGGUUAUGUGAGGGCCUGGAUCUGACUGCUGGGUUAACAAGUGAUCAGAUUAAGGGCAAUCUGACAUGGGGACUGGUCUGGCGAGAGAGAUGGCCCGGGGUCGACAACAGAGACAUACCCCAGGCAGUUCAACCAGGGCUUCCCUCUAAAUUGCUACUGAAAGGCAUUUUGUCUUUCUAUGAGUGGUCACUAAUCAGGACAGUGCAGUGUGACUUUUUAUCACAUUGAGGUGUAUUUUCAUUGUCUAGUUUCCACCAUAGUGUUUUCUCUUAUACAGUCAUGUUGGGUAGGUGAUGGCUAAUGUUAAAGGAAUGGUAGGAAGCCCAGUAUUUUUGAUACGCCACAUUCACAAGUACUGCUCUGCUUUACAAAUAUUUACCCCUGGGUUCAAUGGCAGGUCAAAAUCACUCUUCCCAAGUCAUAGUGAACAGGGCCAAUACAUUGGCUUAUGCCGCUUUCAUAUGCUAGUUGGAACCAGGAAACUGAAAAUUCUGACUUGCUGAUUCGUUGAACGUGUAUAACUACAACCAGUUAGCAUGUCGGAAAUGUCUGAGUUUCCUAGUUCAGACUAGCAUGUGAACGGGCAUUAUACAGACACUCCCAACUGAACAUUUGAGAAAUGGCUGCUGCCUAAAGCGGUUAAACAGCUUGUGGUGUUUGUGUUCUUACUGUGCAUUGUUCCAUAGUGCCUGAGGUUAUCACAAUCAGGAAGCCUAAAAUAUGAGAUCAUCACAUGUAUUUUCCAAACUAUAUUUGAAUUGAGAUGAAUGUUAAUGAAAAUAAAAUGUUGAUUGAUUGUCCCCAUAACAUAAA